AAUGAAGACAUGCAAAGUAUGUGGUUAUUGUGGUGUAAGAUUAACAAGUCUUCGAAUGAGUAGGUGUGUCUCACACGGUGGUGCGUCCCCUCAUAUGGGCAAAUGUGGAGAGCGGAGGACGAGACGGGCCGGGGUUGGGAAGGCCGAGGGCCAUGGAUUUGUUCAACCCGGCCGAGGACCAGAACGUCUCCAUGGUGCACCCGGAGUACUUCAUCAUCAGCGGAUUGUCGAACCUCCCCCGAAUCCAUCUGUACUACGUCUUCCUCUUCCUGGUCUACAUCGUGUCCGUGCUCGCCAACGGCACCGUCAUGACUGUCAUCUGCUUGGAUCGCCGGCUACGUACUCCCAAGUACGUGGCGGUCUUCAACCUGGCCUUCGUGGACCUGUUCGGGAGCUCGGCCCUGGUCCCCAAGGUUCUUGACGUCUUCCUGCUGGGUCACCGCCGCGUCGCCUUUCACAGCUGCCUCACCUUCCUCUUCUUCUGCUACUCCUGCUUGUCCAUGCAGUCCUUCAACUUGGUGGCACUGGCCUAUGACCGCCUCUUGGCUAUCAUCUUCCCGUUGCAAUAUAAGGUGAGGAUGACACAUCGCUUCAUGCUGUCACUGAUCCUAAGCUUCUGGUUGCUGGUGUUAGUCCUGGUGGCGGUGGCCACGGGGCUAUUGACCCGGCUGUCCUUCUGCAAGUCGCUGGUGAUCAACAGCUACUUCUGCGACCACGGCCAAAUCUACCGGCUGGCUUGCAACAGCCACUACCCCAACUACGUGGUGAGCUGCGUCUACCCAGUGGUGAUCUUCUGGCUGCCGCUGGCCUUCAUCCUGCUUAGCUAUAUGGCCAUCGGCCGAACGCUGGCCAAGGUGGCCACUUGGCGCCAGCGCAUCAAGGCUCUGCGUACCUGUGCAGCGCACCUCUCACUGGUGGCCGUCUACUUCACCCCACUGCUGGUCACCUUCACGCUGAUGGAGAACAUCCACCCAGACGGCCGCAUUGUGAGCCUCUCUCUCACAUCGGUCUUCCCGCCUUUUCUCAACCCCGUCAUCUACACGCUGCAGACACAGGAGAUCAAAGAAGCGCUCGGCAGGCUCCUUCGGCGAGCGCACUGCCGCAGACAUGAAGGAACUUUGAAAUAGCCUGUAAGCGCUCCGAUCGCUUCUCGCUUUGACUUAUGGGCAAGAAAUAGGGUUUGGAAUACAUGUCCCAAUACUCUCAAGCGUCAAUAUAUUCUUUAUCCUCUGUGAAGAAUACCACGGAGUUGUCAGGACUUUUUUCUUGAUAUGUGUUCGUAAAUAUGUCCAAAAUUGUUUCAGUGUUUUGUUUUAUGAAGUACUGUACAUAUAGUAAAAUUCUCCUGACUAGAUUUCUUAUGGAUAACAUUCAUGCUUCUAAUUUGUUGUUUUAGG